GCAACAGUCGUCAUUGUUGAGUUUUGGCGCGUUUGGCUUUCCAGGGUGCUGAAGUGGGAAAAAUUGGACAGAAGACUACAAAGUAGGUUGAUUUAAAAUCGUGUUUUCACUUUCGCUAUCAAAACUAAGUUUAAGUUUUAGAAACCAAACGUAUUUUGUAUGUUUUGACUAGCAAAAAGCCGUCCUUUUCACCUGAACGGUACCGAACUCCACGAACUCUGUUGUAACCGCCGUCAUCUUUUAAGCUAACUACUGUGGCUGAUGUAAGAUACAUACAUUUGCGGAUAAACUAACUUAAAAACAAAAAAUACAGCUUCAAUAAGUCAACUCUGUUGUAUGUAGUCAGCUUGAGUCAGUAGUUUAUAUCCAAAUUUAGUAAUGCAGACUUAAUAUGCCUUCAGUUGAAUAUGUAAUUUUGUAUUAUUUCCUGCUUUCUUUCGUUUAGCUAGCACUGGCGGUUAAAGGGGGUUGCUUGUAUUACUACAAUGAGAAGACAUGAAAAUCAGCAAGCCAGACCCACAGCAGGUACUGAAAACGUGCAAAAGUGUGUGUGUGUGUGUGUGUGUGUGUGUGUGUGUGUGUGUGUGUGUGUGUGUGUGUGUGUUACAAGACUGAAGUGUAGUUUAACUGUUGGUGUAAUAAGUUGUCAGACAUCCUGAAAUGGUGAUAAAAUUCUGUUGUUGUUGUUGUUGUUGUGUGGUACCAUUACCAACAAAGACAGAAAUAGCUUUUAUUAUGUUAUACUUUGUUGGUAAAUACAUACACUUUUAAGGAGUACCUUUGGUUUGGUCAGUUGAACUUUUUGACAUGAUCACUUGUGUGGAUUUUUGUCUCCAUCAGGCUGUCUGUCUGUGCCACUCUUCAACCAAAAGAAAAGAAACAGAGUCCCACUAACAUCAACUCCCUCUGAAAGUGAAUUCUUUUCUCACAGUGAAUACACAGCAAAUACCCCCUCUGUUACACCCAACAACCAGACAGGUAAUUCAGAGGCCAUUUUAGCUUCUACUGUCCUUCAUCCACUAGGGGGCAGUAUACCACAGGCAAAUUAAAAAUUAUUCUGAUAUUGUCAUAUUUUUUAUACAAUGUGAAUUUUCCUGAACAUAGUAAAAUACUUUCAAAAUCUUUUUAAAAAGAAAAGCUAUCCCAUGCAGAAUCUCAUUUGAGCAUUUUCAUAAAAUAAAGGACAGAAGAAACACGUGAAAACAUGGGAUACAGGAGCACAGCUAGGGAAAUUAGAGUAUAUAAUAACAUUUUCCUCCAACAACAAAAAUUCUUCAGGUCACUAUGGGGGCUACCAGACCUCAGGUCAGUCAUCUUGUGCUCCACAAAGGCUUCAGUGGAACAGACAGGGCACCUCGCAAUCUACUCCACCCCAGCAGUAUGGUAGCAACAGACCUGCUCCUGGGCCUGCCCCCGCAAUAAGAAACUAUGCACCCAUGCCACACCCAUACAAAGGUGGAGGCACAAGGUACAUUUUGUUGUCUUUAUCAUGACUAAUAUGACUGUCAAUGUUUGACUUAAACACAAACAGAAGUUCAAAAACAUUGAAUAAUAUGUGAUAUUUGGUUUAUUCAUUUCAUUUUUAGCUCAAAGAUGGGACAACCCAGUUACUCAGGAAAACAACAGCCCUCCAACCCCAGUUUUACAUCUGGAAAUGGCCAAUAUCAAGCCCCCCACAUCAGUCCGAGUACACAAAGCAAGCCAUCUCCUCAAACUGGGUUCUCUAAAACGGGUCAGCAGCCAUCUUACAGACCGCUCAAACCCACACAGUUUUCCCAGCAGUCUAGAACUCCACCUGCUCCUGUCCUUCCACCCAGCAGACCCAAGGCUUAUGAAGGGAAGCCACAAAAAAACGCUUGGAAUUUCACUAGCAGUUUUGGGCCGCAGAGCACCCUCUUUGAUGAAAACCGCAGCACAAAUCGCCCUCAAUCUGCACGACAAACUCAGAACCAGGUAGAAAAAACUUUGGUGAUAUAUGAUUAAAAAAAGACAUCAAGAUUUUCCAUGAUGUUUUUAACUGUGUUUAGCAAUCAUCAGUGAAUCAGUGAUUUUGUUUGUACUCAGCAGGUAAUAUCAGAGAAGCCAGCUGUUGAGAACUCGCUGAGGAUCCUGACUGCAGUCGUUGACGGGAUGAGACACUGGAGCCAGUUCAAAGACAGAGUUCCUUACUUGUUUGAGGUUUUUGGUCAGUUGAUUUGGAGUCAGUUUUGUUACUAAUAAGUACGAUCAAGUGCUUUUUAACACCAUAAACUGACAGGCUGCACUCUUCUCUCAGCUACUCUAGAUUCUGCUGUCACUCUUGGUCGCCAUGGAGCCAAGAACUUCCUCAUGAGGGACGGCAAGCAGGUGGUGCAGUGUGUCUUCUAUGAAAAUGUGAGUUUGGAGAAAACAGUUCCAGAGAGUAAAAACAUUAUUGUUUUACCUCGACUUUACCCUUGACUGUCCACCCCUUCCACCUUCUCUAUCCCCUGUUUCUGGUGUGUGUGAGUGGAAAUGCUGAAAGAACAAAUGGCAUGGAGUUGUAACUUUUUUCAUCUGUUUUUCUGCUGUUAUUUCUGACUGAAUGAUCACGCAUGUUUGUUUAUUAUUUGUUCAGAGUGUCAGAUGUGUCUGACAAGUUGCUGGCAGAGCUUUUCUGUGUUUUUCUGGAGGAAUACUGUCUGCCAAGGCCCCACAUUUUGUCUUUCUGAAAAUAUAGACACUCUUGGGAUAGUGAUAGAGAUAAUGAGAAGUUCUCUCAGCUUGUUUCUGCUGGAUCCCCUUAAAUAAUUUGUAGAGUAGCAAAACACCAUCUGCCCUUCAUAAAUGUAGGGUCCUGACAUUGCAUUUUGGAGAUAUUGAAAAGUUUUGACACAAUAAAAAAAACAGCAUUGGGAUUUGAUUUGACUUUCUCUUGCCGUUUUCCCCAGAGCUGUGUACCUCGACUUUAAACAUUGUUUCUGCUUUGUGUUUAACAGGAGCAGGAGCUCCCUCGUCUCAUUCGUGGUCAGGUUCACCGUUGUGUUGGCAACUAUGACCGGAGCAGAGAUGUCCUGGUUUGUAUGUCUGUCAGACCAGCCCUCCCAUCAGAGCUGAAAAACGCUCGGGAGGCUGUGAAGGUUUGCGAUGCAGAAAUGAGGGUGUUGGUCAAAUCUCUUAGUGAAGUCUGAGCAUGUUCAGGUAUCUACAACGUACAUCAGUAUUUGAUAGGGGUGCACAAGGGCGACAUUUAAAAUAUUUCAUAAGUAGUUGUUAGGCAACUCUUGUUCUAGGAAGAAAUCCAAGUAGUUUUUAAAAUGUUUAAGGUAUAAGUAAAUUUUUCACCAUUUGCCUUGGAUUUGAUGAGUUCAAGCUAUGUACAAGUUCUGUACUGUGAAAGUUGUUCACUGACAUGUUCUGAUAUUUGUGUUCUUGCAGUUUUUUGUGACAAAGUAUGACCUGUUGUUGUACCGAACCAAAACUUAAACUCAAAGUCAAACCUC